UUCCGUUUUUGUUUUCCACGCCUUUAUAAUUUAUCUACGAAGAGAUUAUAUGAAGGCUUUUAAUUAAAUUUAUCACCCAUUUGUGUCAACUCUUUCGGUCUGUUGCACGCGCAGCAUCGACGGCGCCAGCAGUUUACCAAGUCAGCAUAGCGAUGACGUCACAUAUUUGUUAAGGAGCCAAUCAUGUAAUUAAUCUGGCUAUCUAAUUACAGCACUAAAUUAUGACCACAGCGAGAGCGAAUAUUGCUCUCGCCAGACUGGUGCCCUAGUCAUUCCUAUCUUGAGUUACUCGUUUGAGCACAACGGCGCGAGCGUACUAUGGACUGCUUUUACCAAGCAAAUCAGAGAGUUCGACCACCUCCUUACUUCAACACUUCACCGGUUAUGUAUGGAUAUGGUGUUCCUUCUUACUAUUCCCCGCCGUUUUUCCCGCUAAAUCGUAACUCUCAGGUCCACAGGCCGCCGGUAAUAUCUACAAGCCCUCCUCUAAGCAUUCCAAACCCAAUGACAAACUCAGAAAGCAGUACCAGUCCUGUUUCGGUCGGCUCUCAAACUCCUCCAGAAUCACCCAGCGAAACUUCUACAGACACGCACGAAUCCACUGAACAUAACGAUGAUGUUUGCCAAUCAGCCAAAGAUGCCAGCGAAUCAGAAGACAAAACAGGUGAGCAAACGGAAGAUUUAGUUGUUAAAAAGACGAUGAGUCAAGUUCAGCCGUCAUCUAAGUAGAUAAGUUUCAGGAAACGUUUAAUUGUAUACUUGAAGUUUGAACGAAUUUGAUAGUGCAAUCGCUUCAAUUACUUACGGGUCAACUUGAAUGGAAAAUAGAAUAAAUCAAAGGUGAAAUAAUAUUAAAACCCUUGGCAUCAGUCUUGCAUGCAAAUCAAAAGGUAACUCUGAUAUUUAAAUUCAUUAUAUUUAAGUUCAGUAUUACAAUCUAUUUGAAUUAAACAAUUUUUCUUCAUAUGCGAGAACAUGUUUUCAUGGAAUUCAACUUUGUUCAAAUAUUUAGACGGUGAAGACGAGAGAGAUGUACCCUGGCAUUAUAAACAACCUUUCAAGCAUCGCCGACGAGUGGCCUACAAGAGAAACCAAAUUCUGGAAUUAGAAAAAGAAUUUCACUUCACGAGGUAUCUUACGAAAGAGAGACGUUCAGAAAUGGCCGCGAUGUUGCAGCUCUCUGAACGACAAAUCAAAAUUUGGUUCCAAAAUCGGCGUAUGAAAUGGAAAAAGGACAACAAACCCGUGAUUCCUACAAGUAGAGGAAUGCGGCGAGGAUGUACAAGAUAGGCGAGAUACACCCGUUCAGAGAUAAUCAAUUAUAAUUUGUUGUAAUCCUCUUUUUAGCAGACUUGAAGGUGUAUAAAAAUUUUCUCUUCCUUUGCGUCGGACGAAUGGAGCGUUAGACAGCCAUCGAAGUGUUACAAAUUACGGCGAAAGGUUUAUUCCGCUACAUUUGCAAUUUUAACUCUUUCUUUGUCUGCGCAUAACAUAACCUCGACUUUCGUCACAAGUUCUUUACGAUCAAACAAGCACUGAAAGAUUGCGAAGUUGUAAAUAAUUGUAAAACAUGAAAACUCGUUCAGGAAUUGAGUCAGACAGCAACGGGUUACAAAUGAGGUGUUAAGCCGAUUCGUCUAAACAGAGACACGAAGGCACUUCCACUGCGUCACUUUGAACGUUUUGUUUCUCGCCAACGAACUUCUCCACUUUACGAAUUUUCAAAGAAUAUUCAGCCUAGUUUACGCUUCUUACUUACUUGUUUUUAUCUUUACUCAAUAUCAAUCUCGUUCGUCGUUUUAUCGAAUGCCGCUGUGCGAGGCGGCAUUUUAAUCAAAGAAAUUUGUGUUAAAUUUCCUAUGCACUUCUCUCUAGUAGGAUUAAAAUCCCCGGUGGUUAAAAACGCUGUUCAAACGCAAAACUCCAUUUAUCGAGAUUUCUUUCACUUGUAAGUAUAUAUUUAAAAGGUUUUGUGAAAAAGCGUUUUCAUUGUCACAAUAAAUUUAUAGUUACC